CAGAAGAAAACAUCUCUCUGUCUGUCACCAUCAACUCUUCCAUGGCUCUUGUUCAGAGACCACACUCUUAUCUUCACCGUUAUUUUCGUCUCAUGGCUUCUCGUCCCCGUCUCUUCUCUUACUCUCUAUAUCCUUCACUUCACCGUCACUCCUCAUCUCUCACUUCUUCUUCAACACCCAGGAUAAAGUUUCAGUUAGUCAAUGUUUUUAGUCAAAGACUUGUACAAAGAAAUGCAGUCUCACCUAAGAGUUUUAUGUCAUCGACCAUGGAGUCUCCCCAAGAGAGCUCUACCUCUAAGGAUUAUAGUUCCGAGCACAUCCAAGUGUUGGAAGGCUUAGACCCUGUCAGAAAAAGACCUGGAAUGUAUAUUGGUAGCACCGGAUCUCGUGGUUUGCACCAUCUGGUUUAUGAGAUCCUUGACAACGCAAUUGACGAGGCCCAAGCUGGUUUUGCUUCAAAGAUCGAUGUCGUUUUACAUUCAGAUGAUUCAGUUAGCAUUUCAGACAAUGGACGUGGGAUACCUACAGAUUUGCAUCCUGCAACGAGAAAAUCUGCUUUGGAGACUGUCCUUACGGUCUUACAUGCAGGGGGUAAGUUUGGUGGCAAGAGCAGUGGGUACAGCGUGUCUGGUGGAUUACAUGGUGUAGGUUUAUCGGUUGUGAAUGCUUUGUCAGAGGCAUUGGAGGUUAUUGUUCGCAGAGAUGGGAUGGAGUUUCAGCAGAAGUAUUCUCGUGGGAAGCCCAUAACAACACUUACAUGUCAUGUCCUCCCACCAGAGUCAAGGGAGACUCAAGGGACAUGCAUCCGGUUUUGGCCUGACAAAGAAGUAUUCACAACUGCAAUCCAAUUCGACCAUAACACUAUUGCUGGUCGAAUUAGGGAGCUUGCGUUUCUAAAUCCAAAGGUUACAAUUUCUCUAAAAAAAGAGGAUGAUGAUCCAGAAAGGGACUUGUAUAGUGAAUACUUCUAUGCUGGAGGGUUAACUGAAUAUGUUAGCUGGUUAAAUACUGAUAAGAAACCGCUUCAUGAUGUGCUGGGUUUCCGGAAAGAGAUAAAUGGCGCCAUCGUUGACGUUGCACUUCAGUGGUGCUCAGAUGCCUAUUCCGAUACGAUGCUGGGAUACGCGAAUAGUAUUCGGACCGUUGAUGGUGGGACACAUAUAGAAGGUGUGAAGGCUUCAUUAACAAGAACUCUAAAUUCCCUUGCAAAAAAGUUAAAGGUUAUCAAGGAAAAGGAUAUUAGCUUAAGUGGGGAACAUGUUAGGGAGGGAUUGACCUGCAUUGUCUCAGUCAAGGUUCCUAAUCCUGAGUUUGAAGGUCAAACAAAGACAAGACUAGGAAAUCCAGAGGUGAGAAAAAUUGUUGACCAAUCAGUCCAGGAGUACCUCACGGAGUACUUGGAAUUGCAUCCAGAUGUACUUGAAAGCAUUAUUUCCAAAUCCUUGAAUGCUUACAAGGCUGCUCUGGCUGCUAAGAGGGCUAGGGAAUUGGUGAGAUCAAAAAGCGUUCUGAAGUCAUCUUCACUUCCUGGGAAACUUGCAGAUUGCUCAUCUACAGAUCCUGCAGAAUCUGAGAUUUUCAUUGUUGAAGGAGAUUCUGCUGGUGGCAGCGCGAAACAGGGUCGUGACAGGCGUUUCCAGGCGAUUCUUCCUUUGAGAGGUAAAAUUUUGAAUAUUGAGAGAAAGGAUGAAGCAGCCAUGUAUAAGAACGAAGAAAUUCAAAAUCUGAUUCUUGGCCUUGGUCUUGGAGUCAAGGGAGAAGAUUUUAACAAGGAGAAUCUACGUUACCAUAAAAUUAUCAUACUAACAGAUGCAGAUGUUGAUGGUGCACAUAUCCGGACUCUUCUGUUGACCUUUUUCUUCAGAUAUCAGAGAGCCUUGUUUGACGCGGGUUGCAUAUAUGUUGGUGUUCCACCUCUUUUCAAGGUUGAGAGGGGGAAACAGGCGCACUAUUGCUACGAUGAUGCAGCUCUUAAAAAAAUCACCGCAUCGUUCCCUGGAAACGCAUCCUACAACAUUCAGAGGUUCAAAGGUUUGGGUGAGAUGAUGCCUGCGCAGUUAUGGGAAACAACAAUGAAUCCAGAUACAAGGAUAUUGAAGCAACUAGUUAUUGAGGACGCAGCAGAAACGAAUAUGGUCUUCUCAUCACUUAUGGGUGCUCGGGUCGACGUCCGGAAGGAACUCAUCAAAAGCGCUGCGACAAGGAUGAAUCUGGAGAAUCUGGACAUAUAACACAGCUUAUUUGCUUCAGCUAGAUACAAACAACAACAAAGAGAAAAGUCUGGUAAAGUGCAAAAGUGCAAAGGGAGCUUUAAGAGUCAUUAUAUUAAAGAUUAAAAUCAUAUGCAGGCUGGCAAAUAGGAAUUUGUUCAGCCUCUGGCCUAUAAUAGGAUGAAGACAAAAACAAUUGUUAGGAUUUGCAUUCAAUAGUCAAAAUUUAGCACUUCACGAAGCACUUGGUGAACCGUUUCUUUCUCUUGGAAUUAUAUGUUUCUAGAGACUAGAGAAAGUUGCAUCCAAUAGGUACUUUGCCAACUUCGAAUUCGCAUUGCUGAAAAUCAUGCAUGGCAUUGGCCGCCAUCAAUAAAAUUACAGCUCCAAAAGUAAAAAUCUAGUACUCGUUUUUGUAAAAUCUUUGAGAUGUAUUGGUUUUUGCAUUGCAUUUUAUC